AUGCGUAUGCUGAUUGUUUCAUGGGUGGAUUCUGCAUAUCGACUUCACAUCUAUAUGGAUUCCGAUAUCGGAUGUAAAGUGUUCACGUUCCUAGCUCAUCUGUCCGAUUUCAACUGUGUGUGGAUGAUUUCGUGGAUAUCAUGUGAUCGAAUGGUAGUCUUAUAUCGUCCAGGUUUCCGCAAAUGGGUGUGCACGAAACGAUUCGCUCGAAAUUGGAUGAUCUGCACAUUGCUGACCUCAAUAGUAUUUUAUAGUUGGGUAUUCAUGUUCGCUGGUCUCGAGGAGUACAAGGAUGAUUUGUUCUGUGGCCUUAGCAGUAAGGCUCAAGUAUUUGGG